AUGACUUCUGCUUGUGAAUUGCUGUACUGGAAAAACCCUGUGGAAACCGGAAAGGUUUUCGGUGGUGCUCUUGUGGCGUUGCUGGUGCUCAAAAAAGUGAACCUGAUCUCAUUUUUGCUGCGUGUCCUUUACACGACCAUGUUCACAACAGCAUCGGUAGAGUUUCUGUCGAAUCUGUUCUUGGGUCAAGGCCUGGUUACCCGUUACGGGAUCAAGAGCUGUCCCGACGUUGUUGGGUUCUUGAAGCCUCGAAUCGAUGCGUUUUUGACUCGCGUGCCCCCUACAAUGACCAAGUUCCGUACCACACUCAUGGCUCAGUCUCCAAAGACCACAUACAAGGCCAGCGGUGUCCUUUACGUCUUGAGCAAACUGUUUAGCGUUCUAUCGGUGUGGAGCAUGCUUUUCAUCGGAACUAUCGGUAUGUUCACCGUGCCCGUAGUUUACAAGACCUUCCAAAAGGAGAUUGACGCAACAGUCGCACAGGGUGUUGAAGCUGGCAGACACCACGCUUCUGCCUUGCAGUCUACCGUUGCUGAAAAGGCCAACCCAUACGUGAAGCAGCUAGACGAAAAAUUGGGUCCUGUUUCCGGGUUCAUCAAAUCUAAGGUGCCAGCCACCAGAGUUGGAGGCUCUAACGUUACUGCCGAGUCUUCGACCGCCAAGUUGGCUGCCGACGUUCCUUUCGAAGAGCCCGCUCAGGCCUCCACUUCGUCUGCAGACUUCCCUACUGCGCCUUCCACCAACCUAGGCCACAUUGUCACUGACGAAACCACUGGUCUUGCCCACAAUAUCCAAGAGCCAAUCAGAGAGUAA